AUGUCUGACAAAGCUAUGAUCUCUCUCAGUAAUGGGCUCCAGAUGCCUCAGAUCGGACUUGGCACUUGGCUAUCGAAGCCAAACGAAGUCAAGAACGCUGUCACUCAUGCCUUGAAAUCUGGCUACCGUCACAUUGACUGUGCCAAGGUUUAUGGCAAUCUCUUCGAUGUUGACCCGAUGGAGGGAGAAGUCGCGACGAUCGAGGCUUCCGGAGUCAAGAGGGAAGAUCGGAUUAAAAUCAGUUCAAAGCUCUGGAAUACUUGGCACCAUCCCAGCAAGGUCGCCGAAGGCUUGGAGGAUACCCUUAAGGAGUUAAAGACGACUUACCUUGAUUUGUAUCUGAUCCAUUUCCCCGUGUCGUUUGCUUGGCCCGAGUCUCCAAAAGCUAGCGAAUCGAACCUCUUGUUUCCUCUGGCAGAAGACGGAGUGCACGUCAAGCUAGAUCUUCAAACAUCCAUUGUCGACACGUGGAAGGAGAUGGUCAAAUUACUGAACACUGGCAAGGUCAAAGCGAUCGGUGUGAGCAAUUUUGAAAUUGAACAUCUUGAAGCGAUAUUCAAAGCUACUGGUGUUGCGCCGACCGUGAAUCAAAUCGAAAGACAUCCUUUAUGCCUUCAAACCGACCUUGUAAACUACUGCAACUCGAAAAAUAUUCACGUUACUGCUUACUCGCCUUUGGGUAAUAACCUGGUUGGAGAAACAAAGAUUGUAGAUUAUCCUGAAGUCAAGGAAAUCGCUGCGAAGCUCUCCAAGCAAUCAGGUGAGACUGUUGAUCCGGCCCAGGUUUUGAUUGCCUGGGGUGCUGUUGGUGGGAUUUCAGUCAUCCCUAAAUCGGUAACUCCGUCGAGGAUUGAUUCCAACUUCAAGCAAGUUAAACUUUCAGAGGAAGAUUUCAACAAGAUCACUGAAUUGGGCAAGAAUAAGACCGUCCGUUACAAUGUUCCAGUCACAUACGAACCGAAGUGGAAUGUCAACGUUUUUAACACUGAAGCCGAGAAAUCUUGUGCUCAUGGAAUCAUUCUGGGAGUAUGA